CAUUUUGGUUCAAAAUGAAAUUGUGAAAGAUGGAACAGUAUUGAUGAAGGAUGGGGGCGGGACCGCAUCUGAUGUGUUGUAUAAAUAUGACCAUGGCACAGCAAACCACAUUCAAGACAGCCAGCACAACAUAUUGAAGACAGGAUUCCUCAUCUUUGGCAAGAUGGCAUUUGCUCUUCGCUUGCUGUUCCUCGUCUGUGGGAUCAGUGCACUGUUGACUGGUGUUGUACCGUGGUCUUUUCAAAAGAUUCAAUUCAAAGAUAAUAACUGUCCCAAAGGGUGGACCCGGUUGGGCUGCCACUGUUACAUCUACCAAGAUGAGCCGAGGGACUUUGCAGAUGCUGAGAGCAUCUGCAAUAUUCUCGACGCGAAUCUUGUAUCCAUCCACAACGACCUGGAAAAUGCGUUUGUCGUCGAGCUGAUUCGAGCGAGUGGUAAUACUGGCCAAACCUGGAUUGGAUACACUGAUGCAAUUGAGGAAGGUGAUUUCGUUUGGACUGAUGGCUCGGCACAGGAUUUCGUUAACUUUGAUAUAACUGCAGCCCCAUCAGAGCCUAAUAACACCGGGGACUGUGUUGCCAUUUCAUUGACUGAUGGCCUUUGGCGGGAUGAACAAUGCACAGAUAUAGAUCCAUACAUUUGCAUCAAAGAGGUGUCCCACUAAGCUUUUUCUCUUACUGCAUCUUCCUGCUUCCUGUCACAGUCGAAUUUACUGGUCAUGAUAAAUCAGUGAAAUCGUGUGAAUUGGUGACUCAUUCUCUGGGUUUACGAUCGACUCUGCUUGUUUUUCAACAAUGCUCAAUUGACAGCAAAUUUGUCAUAUCAAAAGAGCUUUUCUACAAUAAAUUAAUGAAUCUGUCAGCAUUAAAAAA